GGGGAGGAGGCCGCGCGGGGUGGGGCUCGGCGGUACGCGCUGGCUGCGUCGACGUGCUGACGCCAUGACGCCCCGGCCGGUGUGUGUCGGUGUGUGUGUGUGUGUGAGUGUGCGCGCUCCGAGUGUGUGUGUAUUUGUGUAUCGGCGGUCCCGCAGGUCCCGGAUGUUGCGGACAGUAUGAGGCGAGCUCAGGGGGACGGGGACCAGCAGCUGUCGCCGCCGCUCUCAGAGAUUUCCUGUUAGACAAGACAAAUUAGAGUUUUCCUACUGACUUAACUUGGGUGAAGAGGGAACAGAAAUCUUUGCUCCCUGACUUUGGAAAUCUCGUUUAACCUUCAAACUGGCGAUGUCAAGGGUUCCAAGUCCUCCACCUCCGGCAGAAAUGUCGAGUGGCCCCGUAGCUGAGAGUUGGUGCUACACACAGAUCAAGGUAGUGAAAUUCUCCUACAUGUGGACCAUCAAUAACUUUAGCUUUUGCCGGGAGGAAAUGGGUGAAGUCAUUAAAAGUUCUACCUUUUCAUCAGGAGCCAAUGAUAAACUGAAAUGGUGUUUGCGAGUAAACCCCAAAGGGCUAGAUGAAGAAAGCAAAGAUUACCUGUCACUUUACCUGUUACUGGUCAGCUGUCCAAAGAGUGAAGUUCGGGCAAAAUUCAAAUUCUCCAUCCUGAAUGCCAAGGGAGAAGAAACCAAAGCUAUGGAGAGUCAACGGGCAUAUAGGUUUGUGCAAGGCAAAGACUGGGGAUUCAAGAAAUUCAUCCGUAGAGAUUUUCUUUUGGAUGAGGCCAACGGGCUUCUCCCUGAUGACAAGCUUACCCUCUUCUGCGAGGUGAGUGUUGUGCAAGAUUCUGUCAACAUUUCUGGCCAGAAUACCAUGAACAUGGUAAAGGUUCCUGAGUGCCGGUUGGCAGAUGAGUUAGGAGGACUGUGGGAGAAUUCCCGGUUCACAGACUGCUGCUUGUGUGUUGCUGGCCAGGAAUUCCAGGCUCACAAAGCUAUCUUAGCAGCUCGUUCUCCGGUUUUUAGUGCCAUGUUUGAACAUGAAAUGGAAGAGAGCAAAAAGAAUCGAGUGGAAAUCAAUGAUGUGGAGCCUGAAGUUUUUAAGGAAAUGAUGUGCUUCAUAUACACAGGGAAGGCUCCAAACCUCGACAAAAUGGCUGAUGAUUUGUUGGCAGCUGCUGACAAGUAUGCCCUGGAGCGUUUAAAGGUCAUGUGUGAGGAUGCCCUCUGCAGUAACCUGUCCGUGGAGAAUGCUGCAGAAAUUCUCAUCCUGGCUGACCUCCACAGCGCAGAUCAGUUGAAAACUCAGGCAGUGGAUUUCAUCAACUAUCAUGCUUCGGAUGUCUUGGAGACCUCUGGGUGGAAGUCAAUGGUGGUGUCACAUCCCCACUUGGUGGCUGAGGCAUACCGCUCUCUGGCUUCAGCACAGUGCCCUUUUCUGGGACCCCCACGCAAACGCCUGAAGCAAUCCUAAGAUCCUGCUUGUUGUAAGACUCCGUUUAAUUUCCAGAAGCAGCAGCCACUGUUGCUGCCACUGACCACCAGGUAGACAGCGCAAUCUGUGGAGCUUUUACUCUGUUGUGAGGGGAAGAGACUGCAUUGUGGCCCCAGACUUUUAAAACAGCACUAAAUAACUUGGGGGAAACGGGGGGAGGGAAGGGCCCAGGACUUGGGGCUAUUCAACCUAAUGAAAACCCUGUUGCUGCGUCACUGUGUUCCCUUUGGCCUGGCCGAGUCUGAUACUGUGGGGAUUCAGUUUAGGUGCUGGCCUGAGGACAUCCCAGCGGUGGUACUUCGGAGAAACCUGUCUGCAUCUGACUGAGCAGAAUAAAUCGUCAGGUGCCUGGAGCAAAAAGAAAAAAAAAAGAAAGGACAUUGAGUUUUAACAGAAGGGAAAAGGAAAGAAGAAAAGAUUUUUGCAGAAUUUCUCAAAAAUCAGUUUGUGGAUUCCAGUAGUAUUUAUAUUGAGAGAAACAAAUUUUAGUCCUUCCAACUGUGCUAAAACUUGGAUAUUUGUGAAAACUCACCACCAUACAAGCAUCAGAAGAGCUCUCUUGUCGUUAGCACUUACUGUUUGCAAGAACAGAAUGCAUCCUUUUAUCCUUUUAUGAAAAAUGACAAGUGAAGGCAAAAGGGGAAGGUUAUUUGAUCUGGAAGAUGAGUGUUCUGAUGUGGUGGCUUUUGCAAAAAUCUUUAUUGGUGUUGAAAACUGGAAAAAAAUAAUUCAUCCAGAAUUCAUACUGUCUUGACAAGAACUAUGGUUCUCUGUUUUUAGAUAUUGUGGAAAAUGUUUUUGGGCAUUUUUCUCUGAUUUUAUUUCUUCUCCCCCGCCCCUUUUUCUAAAAAACAAACAAACAAACAAAAAACACACAAAACAAAAACAGAACAAAAGAAGAGAAGAGAGAAGGAAAUUUUAUUAAUUAAAGAUGCUGUGUGAUAAAAUCCCAGCCCAGAUUGCUCAGCUGUUUGUACCUGACUUGCCGCCUGCAUAGGAGCCAGUUCUGUUCCUUCUGACUAGCCCCUCUUCCUCCAGGGGAGAACUUCCAAAUGUUAAUUUUUUCUUUUUGAAAAUAUAAAUAAUUACUAUUUUGUACUGUGUGGUAUCUCUGGUCUUUUGUUUCACUCACCUGCUUUGUCUCUUGGGUCUGAGUCCCUUGCUUAAGGGAUUUUGAAGUCCUAGUUUUCAGCUUGCAGACAUUAUGUUUGAAAUGUCUAAUGAGCCGUAGGGAUUUGUUGAGACUCCGUAAUUUCAAGUUUUCUUUGUGAGCUAUCAGCAUCUGCCAGUCUCUUGUCCUCCCUGAGUAUCUCACAGUCCAUAUCCUGAUGAGGGAUCAGGCCCCUACCUCUGCCAAGGCAAGUAAUGGUAGUGGGCUUUUCUGCACCCUGUAUGUUUUAAGACCUAAUCCCCACCUCCCUUCUCCUAACUAAAUACAAAAAGAUCCAGGGGACAUAAAUGUAGAGAUUAAAUAAAGGGAAAUUAUUGUCUCU